GUGGCAGAUUUGUUCUCUUCUGAGCUCCUUGCAGCCUUUGGGCAAUUGGGACGUUGAAUUCAGCAAACAGUUACCAUUCAUUCCCUGGGAUCGUACCUACCCUUGCUCUCCUCAUCCCCUCCCGUGCUCCCCUUCCCUCUGAUAAAACUCCAGGGCGUUGCAGUAUUACUAUGGAGCCCAGGGAGACUUUGGGCAGCUCUCGGCAAAGGGGGGGUGAGGCAGACUUUCUGCCAGCCUCCGUCACCUCCGCAAAACCUCCGUCUGCCUCUGGCUGCACGGGGGAGACGAUGCUGCCUGCGACGGGCUCGGGGAAAGGGAUCUCAGUAAGCGGCGAGAGGCUGGAGCCUGAGGAAGAGGAUGAGCUGGGUUCUGGGAGAGACGUGGAUUCCACUUCCAACGCGGACAGCGAGAAAUGGGUGGCGGGAGAUGGCCUGGAGGAGCAGGAAUUUUCUAUCAAGGAAGCUAACUUCACGGAGGGGAGUUUAAAACUAAAGAUCCAGACCACCAAGAGAGCUAAGAAGCCCCCAAAGAACUUGGAGAACUAUAUUUGCCCUCCUGAGAUCAAAAUCACCAUCAAGCAGUCUGGGGAGCAGAAGCUUUCUAGAGCUGGGAAAAAUAGCAAAGCAGCUAAAGAGGAGGACAGAUCACACUCCAAAAAGAAGGGAAAAGUCAUUGGAGAUGCAAAACUGCUUAUGAGUUGUGGUUGCAGAAAAGGGAAAAAUGCUCAAGUGAAAGACUCAGAUCAGGUAAGUCAUGCAUUAUACAGUACCAUCUCUAGCAAUGCAUGACCGGAGGGGACAGUCUGUAAAAAUUCUGGAUGGUCUAUCACUUUCCCUUACCUUCCAGGAGAGAGAAACAUGAGGAAUGAUGUAUUCAGUUAACAAGUGGAAUUUGCAAAAUAAAAACCUAUUUUCGGUG